CAGAAACAAUUUUUGUUUUUGCUUUUCGAUGAUACAAACGAAGUCGGUCCAGGUCCAAUCACGGCACAUUAUUAUACUUCUUGCGUUUCUUUUCUUCCCACCCUCCGACCCUCUUUAACCCACUUUCUUUAUGCAUGUAUAAUAAUAAGAUACUCAGAAAACCCGAUGCCUACGCUUAAUCUCGCCCUUGCAAUCUUAGCUCUGUUAACCAGGUUUUCUUCUUUUCAAUGUCAACCAAGUUCGACACCUUCAAGUCCAGGGGGCCCGGGUACCAUCAUUUCCAACGUCACGACUCCUUCAACUAACACGUCUCUUUCAACAAACACAUCCCUUUCAAAUAUCACAUCUCUGUCAAAUGAUACAUCAACCGACUUUCGGGAUCCUUGUGCACGACUACCACUGACACCUGAGCUGUGGCAGUCUUUGAAUCUGGACGAUUAUUUAAGGAAUUUCCCUGGGGGAAAGAAUUUAUCGCUUGAGUUUUUUGCCGAAAAAGUAGGAGCCACUAACUUUGAGUGCGGGAUUGGGAAGAUGUGCAACGCUAAUCAGAUAUGCCUGCCAGUUCGUGGUCGGGAUUGGUAUAUCCUUGUAGCCGCUCAGAAUUGGAAUUCAGUUAACAACCAAAUGUAUCAGGCUACCGCUUUCGCACUGAAUGUCAUAGAAGGCUUAGCUUCAUCCAUCGUCAACGAUUAUGCGCCACAUCGACCCGAUGUUCUCAUGAUUGGUGGUACCUUCAUGGGUGACGUUGCUGGUCUCUUUGGAGCCAUCCCCGGAUUCGUUUUUCCGAGUAUGAUGGCCUUCUUUGGGGGUACACUUUGGCCGUUCAUUCAGGGUGGUACCGGUUUUGCGACUGGUUUGUACUGGACGUACCACAAUGUAUACGCUAAGCUUCCAUCCGAUGAAUUUUCAAAAACGAUGGAUGUGAAUUAUUUGCUAUCAAACGCCCAAUCGGAAACGCAAGCAAAGCUCUCAGACGCCACAAAAAAAGUCCUUGAAAGCGGCAUCAGCACGGAUGAAGGUCUAUACGGCGCCUUGAAGGGCGGAGUAUUCCUCAAUAAUCAUUUCUCCGCUACAGAGCGUUCCGAAGAUGAAAUAAGAAGUGCAAUUUCAGCCGUGGCCCGAGCGAGACUUAUAGCAGCUAUUUGGAAAGCCACUAAGUAUUUCAUAAUAAGGGGACAUAAACCAUGUACGCAAGAUGGACCGAAUGGCGCUUUACCCGGUGAUGACGUCUUUUCAUAUUGCAACCCAGACGGAAUGAUGAUGACAAUUGUGCAAUCGGAAGACGGAAAACUGCUUGAGAAAUUCCCAUCGGCCAACUUACUUUCCGCCAAAUAUAACCUCACAACACAGUACUUCGUUGAGCACUCUUGGGAUUGCCAAGAGAAGUAUGGAAGUUACAGUUACGACCCAUAUAAGAAGACAGUGCUUCCAGCAAACCCGGACGCCGAAUGCAUCGUGAGUCUAGCUGUCUGCGACAUGACCCGGAAAGAUAUCAGAAAGGCAGCGAAGAAAAACGGAGUGCUCAAGGCUUGCCGAGACGUUGGGCAGCUGCCAGGUAUUUGAAGCGUCAUGUAUCAAAAUAGAAAGCAGUUCAAGAAGUAGAACAUUUUACAAAAAUAUAAAUAAAAAUCUAAAAAUCCUAACACAAGAGGGUCUCCCUCUUCUCUCUUGAACUUCAAAUUGGCAAUAAAAAUGUAUUAUCAUACUUGUGAAUACGUACUGAAUUGAAACGUGGCGAAUCCGUCGCGCAAGCGACUAGGCUUAGAUUACAGCCCAAGGCACCGUUAACGAUUUAAUGUUUAUAAAAGCCUAAUUAGCACGAUGACAUUGAGAGAAGCAAAUAAAUAAAAAAGAGUUGACUGUUACCU